UUUAAUUAUUUAUUUCACAGUUCAACUCCACGAGCCUCAUAAAAGACUGUGAGAGGAGGAAGGCUGGAUGUCAGUGAUAAUUAAAUGGCAGAUGGAUGUGUGAAGUGUGUGCAGCAGUACAGUGAGCUGAGCAUUACUGUAAACGACUCCUGAACACUUUGGCUGCGGCUUUUCGGCUGGCGACAUGACAACUUUUGAUUUUUCCGACGUUGAGGCAUUUUUGGAUUGCCAUCCGGAACUUUUUGAGGAAUAUCUCCUCAGGAAGGGAAAAUGUGACACCCUGAGCAGAUGGCUCAAAGAGCAUCAGCCGUCCAAAACCUCUCCGGUGGAGGAGAAACGCGGGGUCGCGAGAGAUCCCUUCUGGCCCACGAACCCCGACGGACUGAAGCGCAGAUCGUCCCACAUGGAGCUCCGCAGGAACUUCGCCCGCUCCAAAGCGAUGACGGCGCACCGGACCUACGACGAGCACGUCAGUCUCACGGCUCACGAGUCCCAGUCGAGUAUGCGACGGCGCGCGCUCCUGCGGAAAGCCAGCUCGUUACCGCCGACCACGGCGCACAUCUUGAGCGCGCUGCUCGAGUCCCGGGUGAACGUGCCUCAGUAUGCCUCCAGCGCCAUUGACUUCAAAUACAGACUCAAAGAGUCCAACGAGAGGGAGUUCUUCCUCGAGCUGGUUAAGGACAUUUCUAACGAACUUGACAUGACGAACCUCAGCUACAAGAUUCUUAUCAAUGUGUGCAUCAUGGUGAACGCAGACAGGUGUUCGCUUUUCCUAGUGGAGGGACCGUCUCAUAAGAGGACACUGGUGUCCAAAUUUUUUGAUGUGCACUCGGGUACAACGGUGCGACCCUCUUCAAGCACUCUGGACUCAAACGAGGUGCAGGUCCCGUGGGGAAAAGGCAUCAUAGGUUAUGUGGCAGAACACGGAGAAACCGUCAACAUCCCGAACGCAUACGAGGACCAUCGGUUCAAUGAUGAAAUUGAUAAGCUGACGGGCUAUAAGACUCAGUCCAUUCUGUGCAUGACCAUCCGCAACAGUGUCGGUGAAGUUAUCGGUGUAGUGCAGGCCAUCAACAAGAACCCCAGCGGAACUCCAUUCACCGAGGAUGAUGAGAAGGUGCUGCAAAUGUAUCUACCGUUCUGCGGAAUAUCGAUCUCCAAUGCCAAACUCUUCUCCGAAUCCCGCAAGGAGUAUGAGAGGAGCAGGGCCCUGCUGGAGGUGGUGAAUGAUCUGUUUGAGGAGCAGACGGACCUGGAGAAGAUCGUGAGAAAGAUCAUGCAGCGUGCGCUGACAUUGCUUCAGUGUGAGCGCUGCUCUGUGCUUCUGCUAGAAGACAUCCAUUCUCCAGUAGUUAAGUUCUCCCAGACGUUUGAACUCAUGUCUCCACUGUGCAACGUUGAUCAUGACAUCAGCAUGGAGAAGGUGUCUUGCUCGGACUGGCUGAUCAAUAACAGCAUUGCUGAGUUGGUAGCAUCAACCGGGCUGCCUGUUAACAUCAGUGACGUCUGUCAGGAUCCCCGCUUCGAUGCUGAGGCGGACCAGGCUUCUGGUUUCCAUAUCAGAUCAGUUUUAUGUGUCCCUAUCUGGAAUCGGACACAUCAGAUUAUAGGUGUUGCCCAGAUUCUGAAUCGCUUGGACAGGAAGACAUUUAAUGAUGCAGAUCAAAGAUUAUUUGAGGCAUUUGUUAUUUUCUGUGGUCUGGGCAUUAACAACACAAUGAUGUACAACCAAGUGAAAAAGACUUGGGCCAAGCAGUCUGUGGCUCUAGAUAUGCUCUCCUAUCAUGCUACAUGCUCCAAGGCAGAGGUUGAUCGACUGAAGGCUGCUAAGAUUCCCCUAAGCAGUGAGCUCGGGAUCGACGAGUUCCACUUUAAUGACUUUUCUCUGGACAAUGACGCCAUGAUCACUGCCUCCCUGCGGAUGUUCUUGGAGCUUGGUGUCGUACAGAAAUUCAAAAUUGAUUAUGAGGUGCUGUGCCGCUGGCUGCUUACCGUGAGGAAGAACUACCGCACCGUUGCUUAUCACAACUGGAGACAUGCCUUCAACGUCUCACAGUGCAUGUUUGUUAUGAUCACCACUGCUGGGUUCCAGGAGAUACUGACAGACACAGAGACUCUCGCUCUUAUGGUGGGGUGUUUCUGCCAUGACCUGGACCAUCGUGGCACAAAUAACGCCUUUCAGGCAAAGUCUGGGUCAGCACUAGCGCUGCUGUACGGAACAUCUGCUACACUAGAACAUCAUCAUUUCAACCAUGCUGUCAUGAUCCUGCAGAGUGAGGGUCACAACAUUUUUGCUAAUCUGUCCUCUAAAGAGUACAGCAACAUGAUGCAGCUACUGAAACAGGCCAUUCUGUCCACAGAUCUCACACUGUAUUUCAAAAGAAGAACCCAGUUCUUUGAGUGUGUUCUGUCAGAGCAGUUCAGCUGGAGUAAUGAAGAACAUAGAGACAUGUUCAGGUCUAUGCUGAUGACUGCGUGUGACUUGGGUGCAGUGACCCGACCGUGGGAAAUCUCAAAACAGGUGGCUGAAUUAGUGACCAGUGAAUUCUUUGAACAAGGUGACAGGGAGAGAUCAGAGCUGAAAUUGACACCGGCUGCAAUUUUUGAUCGCAAUCGUAAAGAUGAGCUUCCUGUGCUUCAGUUGGAAUGGAUUGAUGGAAUUUGUAAGCCAUUAUAUGAGGCUCUUGUGAAGUUGAAUAGGAAGCUUCAGCCAAUGGUAGAUGGAAUUGAUGCCAACCGUAAGAAGUGGGAGGAGCUUUGUCUGUCCUAUCAGCAAAGACGGAGAGCCUCUGAGUGUAUCUCCAGUCUGGAGGCAGGAGAGACAGAAUCGUCUCAGAGUUCAGACUCCACCCAUGAGCCAGAAUCAAGUCAGAGUGAGGCGACCAAUCAGAGUGAAGACUCCACCCACUGUGUGGAGCCAAAUCAAGCCACGGUAGCCAAUUACAAAUAAGAAGCGUGAUGUGACAUUUAAAGGACAGCCCAUUGAGUCAGGGGUUCCCAAACUAUUCUGUCUGCCGAACCUCUUAUAUGCUGAGAUUUUAAGUUAAUAUUUAAAUAAUUUACCAACAGAUUUGCAUAUUCACAGUUAUCUGAUGUUGGUUAAUGGUCAAAUGGCUUUAACAAAACAGAUCAAAUAUUUUUUCUUUUUUUUAUGUUUUAGUUUGAUUGUGUUUAUUUUAAAAUAAUUUAUAUACUUCAUAUAAUUUUUUUUAUAUAGUUUUGGACAUUUGGACAUGGAUUUUAAGAGUGAUAUGACAUUUAAUUUCAUAAGAAAACAUUUUAUAUUGCAGCUGCUGAAACGUACUAAGACCUUGUACAGGGUCUUUCUUACUAUUAUUAUUAUUUUAAUAAUUUUUUACACACAUUAUAAAAAUUUCAUUUUACACAUCUUAAUUAAAUCGCAGCCUUGAAUGUGAUAAUCACACUAAGCCAUAUCAUGAUUUCUGUUUAAUUUUGAUGAUGUACACAACCCAAUUGAUUUAUUUUAGUUUUAGAUUUAAUUUCAUAAUUUCCCUUUUUAUGUGGGCUGCUUGUGAGAUUGACAGUAUUUCUACUGAAAUUACUUCAGGCA